AUGAAAGGAUUCGCAAGUGAGGGCCAGUGUCAGGGUCCCAAGAACAGGACUCUGUUCAUUUUGGUCGCCAUCAUCCUCGUCUCUGCCUGGACCCUUCUCGCCAGCAUGGAUCUUGCCGGCUUCCAACUUGACUCCUCCGACAGUUACAAUAACGUUGGCUUACACCAGGACCAGAUCACGAUCCCUCACCAACAACAACAACCACUCAACCCUGACACAGACACAAACACAAACGACGACUACAAUGACAACAACGACGAUGCACCGCCCUCGACGGAACCAUUAACGCCGGAGCUAAAGCCUGCAGUCUCCAACCUCGACCCAAACACCAAAUAUUUCUCCUUCCUCACCUUUGGCGGCCUCACCAACCAAUUCAUCGCCCUCCAAAAUGCGGCCUAUAUCGCCCACAAACUGAACCGGACCCUUAUUCUCCCACCCAUCAUCUCCAACUCGCACGACCAUAAAAACACACACCAGCGAUGGUCCCAGUACAUGAACCUCCCUAAACUGACCCAACUCACGGGGCUGCAAGUCGUUGAAUGGUCGGAGGUCCGGCCUCUCACCGAGGCGCAACGUCAGGUUGGAUUGGAUCAGGCUUUGGAGUCGACGCAUCUUUGGGGGCCAUACCAUUCCGAGAUAGAACCCUGGGCGGCUGUUGCGGAGAAUAUGACCUGUCAGAUUGUGUAUGGGUUUGGUCGUCCGGAGGUCGAUAUCAAUUUUUCGGCACAAAACUUCAUGUUUCAUUUCCUGAUCCGCCCCGUCUUUGUCCCUCCUGUUGCCCCACGCCCCGAUGGACCCGUCUACGACCGCCAGAGACUUGUUUACGACAACAAGGAACCCGACGACCUGGUUAUCGUCGAAGACCUCCUGGACCGGUAUAGCGACUUUGACGGUCGUUCGCCUGAAGACGUCGCGGCGGGCAAGGCCGAUGUGCUCUUCUUGAGCCACACAUUCAAGAUCAAGUCCGUCCAGCGUGGAGGUGUUUAUUGGAAGGAGUUCGGCAAGAGCAUGCAUUUCGAGCCCAAGGUGAUAGAGUAUGCGACCCUGCGGAUGAACGAGGAGAUCAAGGGCGACCGCGACAUCGAGGUCCUGCCCAAUAACGAUCCCGAAGAAGUCGAACUCACCGAAAGCGAGCACCAGAACCCAGUCUCAGAAAAUGGAACCCUGGUCACAGACAUCCAAGCACCCACCACACGGAUCCCUCACAUCGCCGUCCACCUCCGUCGCGGCGACAUCUGGACCAAAUGCCGCGGUGCCAAAGAGCCCUUCGAGAACUGUGUCCUCCCGAUGGAACUAUACGCAAACGCCGUGGAACGCGCCCGAGAAUACGCCGCCAACUCUCUGGGACUUGUCUCCCACCUCCCCGUCGUCGUCACAACCGACUCGACAUCCGAAGACGAUUUCGCAAAGAUUAAGGAACUCGGCUGGCACCGUCUGGACCAUGAGAAAUACGGCACGGCCGACAUCUGGGGAACGUUUGGCCCCGCGAUGGUGGACGCUGCGAUUCUGGCGCAUGCAGACGUGUUGGUGGGAAGUUCGGUAUCGACGAUGAGUCGGAUUGCAGGGUUGCGACAGAAGGGUUGGUAUGGCCACGAGUCAUUCUUUCCUUCGUGGAAGGAUCGUGCAGAGGAAAAGCAGAGAAGAAGAGCCAUUAUGAAGAGGCGGUUGGAGACCGAGUGGGAGCGUGACGAUCUCAACGGCGAGAUCCUCAUGGUCUACUAA